GAGAGUAACGACAUUUGAAAUCGCCAUAUUUUUAUUUUUAUUGUUGUGAUCUUUAAAAAUCACUAAGACGGGGGAAGAGUAAAUUGUUAUGUAAAAUUACCAUUAAUUAAACGAUUUUAUUUUAAAGAAAUUUAGAAAAAAAUGAAGUUUCGUUAGUAUUUGAAGCUCAAUUUAUACUAAAAAGCGAAAUGGGAGGUUUUCUUGACAAACCUAUGACAGAUAAAUAUCAGGAAGAUGGGGAAGGAAAUGGAAUUCGUUAUGGGGUAGCGAGUAUGCAAGGAUGGCGUGUGGAAAUGGAAGACGCUCACAUGGCCAAAAUUAAUCUUGGAGAAGCCCUGAAGGAUUGGUCGUAUUUUGCAGUUUUCGAUGGACAUGCCGGAUGGACAGUUUCUGUGCAUUGUUCAGAACAUUUGUUGGAAACAAUUAUGGCAACAGAAGAGUUUCAGGAUGAUGUUAAGAAGGCAAUCCAUAAGGGCUUUUUAGAACUGGACAGUAAAAUGCGCAGCCUGCCCGAGAUGACUUCUGGUGAAGACAAGAGUGGUACCACUGCAGUCUGUGCUUUUGUUUCGCCACGCAAUAUAUAUGUAGCUAAUUGUGGUGACUCGCGCGCUGUAUUAUGUCGUGAUAAGGCCCCAAUAUUCACGACUCAGGAUCACAAACCUGUCUUACCCAGUGAAAGAGAUCGCAUUGUGAAGGCAGGAGGUUCUGUUAUGAUACAGAGAGUGAAUGGUAGUUUGGCGGUGAGUCGAGCAUUGGGCGAUUUUGAUUACAAAAAUGUGGAAGGGAUGGGUCCAUGUGAACAACUCGUUUCACCGGAACCAGAAAUAUUUGUAAGAGAGAGGGACGAUAUAUCGGACGAGUUCCUUGUUUUGGCUUGCGAUGGUAUUUGGGAUGUAAUGAGUAAUGAGGAUUUGUGCGCAUAUAUACACCAUCGUCUAUGCAUUACGGAUAAUCUUAAAGAAGUUACCAGUCAAGUUAUUGAUACCUGUUUGUACAAGGGGAGUCGCGAUAACAUGAGUAUCGUAUUAAUAUUGUUUCCUGGUGCCCCCACACCAACUCCUGAAGCUGUGAUGGCUGAAAAAGAACUAGAUGCAACCAUUGAAAGGCAUGUCAAAGAGUUCUUAGAACAAGGUGAUAAACAAUUUAGUGAAAUUCUUCAUAGUCUUAUGUCAAUUCAUGUUGAAGGAUUGCCACCUGGAGGAGGGUGGGCUUCGAAACGUACGCUAGUUGAAAGAAUUUUCCAGGAAUUAUGUCCCGAACAAGCAGAAUCUAUAAGUCAAAGUUGUGAUUUUUCUUUUAACUAUUAAUUUCGUGGACUGAUUUUUAUUUACCGUCAAAAUUUGUUACUGUAAGUUGAAUUGUCAUUUUCAUUGUUGAACUAGAAAUUAAAAAAAAAUAGAUAAUGGAGAAGCGUUACUUAUCAGUUAAACAGGGUACGAAUUCAAGGAGAGAUAUCGACGGUUUACCCAACAAAAAUGUACAAUUCUAGGAUAGGGUUAUAAUUUUUUAUUAAUCGUGAUUUUUGUUUUUUUGUAAUUUUCAUUGCUGCCUUCAGGUUGUAUUAUGGAUGUAAUAAGUCUAGUUUUUCCCAAUAGGUACUUGGUGAACUCGUGGUUUUCUUUACAUGAACUUUGAGAAGUCCUAAAAUAAACAGAAAUAAGAGGGUAGAGAGUUUAAGCUUAUGGAAUGACCGUUAUAAAGUUGUAUCGUCUAAUUUUGAUAUUUGUUGCAGAUUUUUAUUUAUUUACUAAUAUCUUUAUGUUUAACUCUUAAUUUUUGCUUUAUAUCAAUUUAUAUUAUUUAUUUACAAAAAGAAUAUAUAUCUACAACCUUAAUAGUUUAAUUGCAAUUAAUUUGUACUUAUGCAUGUUAGUAAUUUAUGUUUAAUUAAUGCUAUUUAUCUGAAAGAAGCCCUUUAGAAUAUCUUUACUCUCGAAAUAAAUUAAAGAAUUGUCCAUUGUAGAGGAAUAUAUCAAUUUUAGUAUGUUCUUCGUCGUGCGCUUAUAUAUAAGGUUCUUGAACUCCGAAGUGGAGCAUAGAGCUUCAGUGAAAACGCGCCAUCGGGUUCUAUUUUGCGCUAGAGCCUUCACCUCAUUCCAAGACUUUCCUUGGCCUCUUAUCUCUUCCGUCGUGCGCUUAUCUUAAAAAUAUUGUAACAGAUGUUUUACGGCGAUGCUUAAGCAGGAGCAUGACAGAAUAAUGUCCAGCUGUAAUCUGCCAAUAGCAAUAGACUAGGACUUAAUUUACCUUGGUAACGCUUUUUCUAUACCUACAACAUCUUUGUCGAACCAUUCUCCAUGUCGAGCACUUAAGAAACCUAACUUUUCUGGAAAGAAAUUCAGAUGAGCAUCCAGGAGGUGAAUUUUUAGGGACAUCCUAUUUGUGUUGGUAGUAAGUAAUUCAUUAACAAGAUCUUUGUAAUAAUUGCCAGCUUUGACAUUGCGAAGAAAAUUGGACACAACUAUUUUAAAAGCUCUCAUUCAGUCUGUGACAGAUGGAGUUUUAAGAAACAUUUUGAUUUUUGAAAUUCCUUUGAAACUUUGAAACUUGAAAAUUUCAAGUUCUUCAAAUGGUGAAAGGGCUGCUGGUGUGAGCACAUAUUCAUGAAUGUUAGGGAAAUAAGUGUUCUACUCCCAAUCCGUAAUAGGUUUUUUUGAUUUUUGAAAAAUAAAUGGGCCACCGGUUUUUCUGAUUGCAAACUUUUUCAGCAUCUUCAGACCCUCAAGAAACUAAGGAUAUCAGUACAAGUUGUAACAUCUUACACCUGAUGCAUCCCUAACCGUGAUCUUUUUAAUGGCCGCUGUAUAGUCAUUCCCUCAUCCAACCAGGUUAGCAAUACUCGGAGAAGCCUUCGACGAUAGUGACGAUUGGUGGCAGGAAAACAGUUUUAGUGUCUUUAAUGUCACCGCUAGCCAGAAAAUCCAGAUCCAGAAGAGUUGCUGCACAUCAAAAGAGUUACUCGUUCUUUGCAUCCACGCGCAUUUGUUUGCUUUGAGUUGCCAAUUUUUUGGUUGGAAGCAUUCUGAAAUUGAGGCCCGUUUCGUCACAAUUGAAGAUUUGGUCUGACGUAAGGCCAUGCUCUAAAAUGAGAUCUCUCAAUUUUAAAUUAAACGGCUCAAUUUCCGAUGAAUCGGCCGAAACUUUUUUACCCGAAAUGUUCAGUUGCCAUCUGUCGAGCCAACCGACACUUGCGGUAAAAUUUUCCUCGCCAUCCUUAAAUCUUUUGUGAAAUUCAACAGCCUUAGCUUGAAGCAUCUUCUUCUUAGCCUUCUAUCGUCCAUGUUUGGACAUAGACCUCUCACAACUUCUUCCAUCGAACUCUAUCCUGAGCAAAAUAUUUCCAAUUUGUUUCGGCUAUUCUGUUAAUGUCAUCAACCAUCUCAUCUGUGGUCUUCCUCUUGGUCGUUUACUUUCGUAAGGUCUCCAAUGUUGUAUUGUAGUAUUUCACCGUUGAUCUUUUUGACUAGCAGUGUGGCCGCGAAGCUUCAUUUAAGUUUGGCAAUUUUUGUUGUUAUGUCCUCGACUUUUGUUUUUGAUCUUACCCAGUCGUUCCUCUUUUUAUCUGACAGUCGUAUACAUAACAUUGCUGUUUCCAUUGUUCUUUCUAUGUGGCUAGAUAAUUCAUGUUUGCCUUGGUUAGGGUCCAGAUUUGACAUCCAUAUGUUAUUAUAGGAAGUAUGCAUUGGUUGAACACUUUGCUCCUUAAUUAUUGGGGGUAUUUUGCGGUUCUAACUAUCCAACUAAGUUUUCCAAAUCCUGCCCAUGCUAGUCUUGCUCUUCUAGUAAUUUCCGCACUAUGGUUAUCUUUGUCAAGUUUCAGGAUUCUUGAAGCACGGGGCCUCUAAUUGGACUUUCCAACUCUCGAAGAUUAAAAAACCAUAACAAUAAGGCUUCAGAAGUCUGUUCGUAUUCUCCUUUCUUCGUAGUUUUCCGCAACACAUCACUUCCACCACUGAAACUUUUAUUAAUCCAUUGUUUAAUAUAUUUUCGUUUACGUCUAACUUCCACAGUUACUUUUCCAACACCUAGAUCAGCAGCAAUCUUAUUUACUGACUCAUCCUUCAGUUCCCGUUAGCUCAAGCUGAUGGGUGGAGCAGUGGCUGGUUAGGUCGUCCGUAGAAGCAUAGUGACUAGAACAUUAACACUCGCUAGUGCCACUCUGUUCUUUUCAGUUGCUACCUCAGUUAAUCCAGAAUCUCGGUUAAUCGGGACUCAGAUAAUCACGAGUUUACUGUAGUAACAACCAUAUAUUAAUUUUAGUUAUCAAGUAAAUCGGGAAAUAAAGGGCUUUCCGUGCUUAUUCUUCCGUAAUAGCUCGUUUAUUUGGAUGCACAGUAUUGCUGUAAUUAAAAAAACAAUCAGGUACUAUAAAAUAUUAAUAUUAAGAGAAAACUUGUUACGUUAGCCACAAGGUGGGGCCAAAAUCGGAAAUGUACUAAAAAUAAGACUAAAAGUAGUCUUGCAUAAACAUACACUAUCGGUUACGAGGACGUGAGUACUGAAGGUAAACGCAUUGACAAUUCUACGCAUUGAUAGCGCAUGUCAAAAAUUGUAUGUGGUGAGGUUGUUGACAAACUCACCUUAUGGUUGGUAGUAUUGACAAUUUUAUAAAUUCCUGUUGUAUAAUUAUUUAAUGCUAGUACCCAACAUAGGUUUUUUUUAUUAUUCAGAAGAUAGUAUUAGUUUCAUGUUGUGAAUGUAGUAGCUAUAUUUGUAUAAACCGAAAACAUUUCUGUUUAUUUUAUGACUACAAUGAAUUUGAUAAGGUGUGUAUAGCUAGUAUCUAGUCAUUUGAUUGAUGUCGAAUUGGAUUGUGCCUAAUUCUCAUUGGACAAUAGCGACGUCUGUAUCCAUUUAUUACGGAAAAAUAGACAUCGUUGUAUGUUUGUCCUAGAACUACAGGCGCAUGCGUAGUGGUGUUGAAAAGAUGUGAAGUUGAAAUUUGAUCCGAUUCUUAACCAAAGCAUUUUUCGGUUAAUUUACAUUACAUAUUUACAUAUUUUACUAAUUAACGUAACAUUAAGAUUGAAAAGUUAUAAUAUUUCACUUAAUGUAGCAAGCACGGCAUGAGAGGUUAUAAUCAAAAUAAUCCAAAAGUUGUAAAAACUCGUCAUUUCUUCAACCUUCGUAAAGUACAGCUACAAUGUCUAGUUUUAAAAUUCAACUUCACUUUAAAUUUGGAUUAUGCUAUUUUCGUUUCUAGAUUAUGAAUUAUGUUAGUUCUGGUUCUGAUCAGUAACAAUUGUGUUUUACUUGUUAUAGUCUUUAUAAUCACAUAUUUUUCAUUACAGAAAUAUGUUAUAUUAGGAAAUAACAUUACAGAUAAAAUAAUAUUAAUAAUAAAAUACUGUAAUGGCUUUAUAUAUUUAGAAAGAAUGCCCUUUUAAACACGAAUGCGUAUUAAAGUCGUCAAAGUCUUCUGCUUUUGUUGAUACUUCUAAUCUAUGUUUUUCAGAACUUUUUGAAAGAUGAUUUUUUUAUGUAGCUUUAGCAAAGGGACGAUUUGGUCUUAUAAAUCGUUCCAUAUUGCGAUAAGAAAGCCGAUAGGCGAAAGCGAUAAGAAAGAUUUCGGAACUUCUUUUUUAUGUGCCGUCUUCUAUCGAAAGUUGGCGACCAUCAAACGAUAGGUUUCUCUGUUUUGUGCCGCAUGUAUUAUGUUCGCAGCUUCUGGUAUUUGAAACCAUUCUCUCAAGUUUCCCAGCCAGGAUUUCUUCUUUCUGCCCAAACCUCUUCUACCUUCAAUCUUGCCUUCCACGAUAAGCUGUAGCAGACUGUACUUAUCAUUACGGAACACGUCCCAGGUAUGACGCUUUCCUCCUUUUAACAGUUGUCAACAAUUCCAUCUCUUUUUUCGGAGCUACGUUUCUUAAAUGAUCAGGAUCUAAAAAGACCUAUUACAGCAUUUAUGGCGUUGGUGGAGCAACAUGUAGAUUCGCCAAAUGUACAUAUAGCUCUGUUUACUUCGCCCAUUUUGCGGAUAUGACAUUUGGAUCUACAGUGUCCCGUGAGACGACCUGUCAUUCAUUCUGAGUUGUUUGCUUGCUUAGUAGGCUGCACUAUGUUCAUUUUUCAAUCCUCUAGUAUAUUCUAUUAAUUUUAAGGAGGGAUAGGCAGUAAAGUACUCAGUAAUUAACAAAAAAAAGGCGAGAAAGUAUAUGAAACAGUUUUAACUCCAGUAUCACUAGUACAUAUAAGGAUCACUUUACCAGAAAGCUAUAUUAUGUGACUACUGGCUUAAACUGCUAAUUUUUAUUGUAUUUUUCACUAUAAGUGAGAGGUCUAACGUAUAUAGCAAUCGUCAGAUCUGCUAACUCAAAGCGAAAGUAAAAAUCCUGUGACACGUAACUCAAAUUGAGAAUAGGUGUAACGAUUUUUAUUUAAACAAAAUUGUGGAUUUGUGCUGAUUUGGCGUUUGAUAAUCACAUUUGCUCCUAUCUAUAAAGGCAGCAGUUGGAUUCUGGCUUUGAUUCUAAUCCUCUCUCUUAACUUAACCGAAGAAUUGUGUUUUAUUUUAGAAUGAUACGUAAAUACUAAACUCGAGUUCACCUUGCCCUGUUAGAAUAUGCGCUAUAAUAAAAUAAGGGAUUGAAUUUUUGUUAUCAAUAUCUUUAUUUUGAAAAGUAACAUGUACCUAUGUGAAAACAGGAUGUGAAGCAUCGCUACAUAUUUUUUAUCAAAUAUUUUUUUUAUAAAAGACGGUUAAACUUGGGGGCAUGUAGCUUUUUUCUUUUUGAUAUGAAUUUUACAAAUAUGCACAAAUGCCAGUUUAACAUCUUGGCCAGACUUAACUUUUUCAAACUUUGUAUCUUUGGAAUUCAGGUAUUUUUUCAGAUAUUUAGAUUGACCUCAAUUUUUUUAGAGUAUGUGUACAGUAGUAAAUUAUAUUUUUAAAUAAAAUUGAUUCCAUU